CGGGCCCGGUUGCCCAGUGGCUGGGCAAGCCCCCUCCCCCUGGCCUCCACCGCUCUGGCUCCUACGGGGACCUGAAGAGGCGAUGCCCGAGGUCCCGGCUCACAAGAGGAUGCAGCGCCGAAGCUUCCUCCUCCUCGCCCUCCUCGCCCUGCUGGCGCUCACCUCCGCGGUGGCCAAAAAGAAAGACAAAGUGAAGAAGGGAGGCCUGGGGAGCGAGUGUGCCGAGUGGACCUGGGGGCCCUGCACCCCCAGCAGCAAGGACUGCGGCGUGGGAUUCCGCGAGGGCACCUGCGGGGCCCAGACGCAGCGCAUCCGCUGCCGGGUGCCCUGUAACUGGAAGAAGGAGUUCGGAGCCGACUGCAAGUACAAGUUUGAGACCUGGGGGGCGUGUGAUGGGGGCACAGGCACCAAAGCCCGUCAAGGGACCCUGAAGAAGGCGCGAUACAAUGCCCAGUGCCAGGAGACCAUCCGAGUGACCAAGCCCUGCAGCCCCAAGACCAAAGCCAAGGCCAAAGCCAAGAAAGGGAAGGAAAAGGACUAGCGGCCAGGCCCAGAUGCCAAGGAGCCCCGGCUUCACUCGGAGGCCCGGCCCACGCCCUCCCUCCACAGGCUCAAGAUGUUACCCACCAGUGCCUUCUUCCUCCUCGUUAGCUUUAUCAAUCAUGCCCUGCUUCUUCCCUUUCACUUGCCCAUAUCACCCCAAGUGCCCAAAGUGGGGAGGGACAACGGAUUCUGGGCAGCUUGAGCACCCCCACCCCCCGCCAAGGGAUUUGAU